UCAGAAAAAUAGAAAUCAUUUGUUUCCGAUCCCAAGGUACAAGAUUAAUUGUAGAAUUGAUUUAAAUGAAACGCAUGCGUGGCAAUGCGUUACUUUUCCCGACGCCAUAUUUGCUUCACUUGGAGACACUCUCUUACCUCCUGUAUAUUUGGUAUACAAGUACAGGUGUAUUAGGCGUCGGCAACGGGGAUGUGCGUAUUGACAGUGUGUGGUUCCGCUUCUCUUUGUAUUGGAUUACUGCACCUGGCUUGACACCAUGACGUUUUCUGUUUAGUAUACAUAACUGACACAAUUGCCGUGCAGUGGCCACACCGCGUGGCUUUCAGUACGCUUAGGUUAGUAAUUCAGUGUAUCGUAGAAGUAUAGCAGAAUGCCUUAUCAUUUUCGUAAUACAAACGGCAGAUUUGCCAAGAGAAAUGUAGCGGAUAAGAAAUUGAAAGCUUUGACGAGUAUGUCAAAAGCUAAAAAGAAGCGUGUCGAGACAGCGUGGAAAGAAAGCAAUGCUUGCGAAGGAAGACGUAUCGUUGAACUAAAAGAAUUAGGGAAGAAUUUGAAGUGUUGCAAGUGUAGUGAAGUUUUAAGUUUGGAACGAGUAACGGAUGAAAAACGUUUAGGCCUGCACUCUGUUUUAACUGUCGCUUGUCAUAAAUGCGAAACAAUAACUUCGGUCCGUACAGGGAAAGUUAAACACUCCGAUAGUCACAAUUCCGACGAUAUCAACAAGACAGUUGUAUUCGGCGCUGUACACGCUGGUAUAAGUUGCGCUGCAUUGAAUCAAUUACUUGCCAGUUUGGAUAUACCUGAUAUAUCAAAUGAUUUAUAUAAACGGUAUGAACCAGUUAUAGGAUUAACAAUUCAAGAGGCAGAAGAAAAUGGUUGUAAACAAGCUACAGAGGAGAUGCCACGUCUAGUAGUGAAAAGUAUCCAAAAGCUUUGUGAAGAAUUGUCGGAAAAUAAACAGAAGAUAGAGUGAAGUAAGGUUGAAGAUCUUGCGGAGCUUAAAGAAUACAUAAGGAGUUAUGAUAACUUCUAUGAGAAGAUAUUCAUCUAGCGCGCUGCCAAUGUCGUGCUUUCUUGUGACCCAAAUGACGAAGAAGAACUUUAUUAUUUAAGAGAUAUUCAUAACAAUCUUGUAACUGUAAUGUCCAUUAUUUUUGCCAGGUUUAUUUAAAAAAAUAAACAAGAUAAUUUGAACUUUACUCGUGAUCAUAUUUCAAAUAUUUAUUUCUAAAACAUCUGAUAGAAAUUUGAUUAACUAAGUAUCCAGUACAACUUAAAAAUCGUCAAAUCGAAACCAUAUAUUUGUCGCAGAUGUAUAGAACGAAAAUUGGUUAUAUUUUUAAUAUUCUACCAAGUUUUCUAUUAAAUAUCGAUUUUUUGAAUCCUCUAGUUUCGAAUAUUCGAUUAAAUAUGUUCGAUUUUCGGUCUAAAGGUGUACUUAGCCGCUAUCCCUGUGGGAAAUGACUCCGACAUCGCAAACGGUUUCAUCGGGAGUCUGAGGACCUGUUGAUAGUGAAGUUUUCAUGUGUUCCACAUUGUACCCGGUGUCCUGUUUUAAUUUAUAAGUAGUUAUUUGUUUAUACUUGCGAGGGAAUUUGCUAUCGAUAAAGACAAACUUUAACGAUUGAAGAUAGAUCAGCAUUAAGGUUGAACGGAAUUGUAUCGUAUGUCACAUUAAAAAAAAAUUUAUAAUCAAGGAUUUUAUAUGAAUUGCAAACUUUUAUGGUAAUUUCAUAUAAAGAGUUUCAAGGAAUUUUUGCGUAUAGAUCGUAAUUUAUCAUAAUUAAUUUGUUAUUAAAAGUAGAAUCACGCAAUGUAUCGUGUGCAUAAAAUGUAUUGUAAACGUAUGUACGAAACUUUUCUUCAGUUUGAUUUCUUCAUUUCAUGAUUUUUAAAUAAACAUCAUGUCACGCGGUCAAAAAUUGUUUCUCUUACAGU